UCCUGACGGGAGACAGACAGCCAGCGGGGAUCGAUAACAAACAGACUCGGUGGAAAAUUAUGACUGCAACAAAAGGCAGCUAGCUGGCUACUUAUCGUUUCACAAGCCAGAAUCAAAGACAAGAAAACCAAGACAGCCGAGAGCAUGGAGAGAAAAGGUGUUCCUGUUAAGCGCAUUCUCAACAAGCCCCAGAUCGUCCGCACUCUGGGCAGCAACCUUCACACAGAUGUGAAUGCCAGCCACUCCCGGGGUGGAUGGUCGCUCCUGACCAAAGUGCAGCGCAGCAGGCACAAGCAUCUCUAUGACAUCAACCAUCAGAUCAGGGCCAAGCCUGACUUAAACACAACACUACCAGUUCGACAGACGGCAUCCAUCUUCAAACAACCAGUGACCAAGGUGACAAAUCAUCCCAACAACAAGGUGAAGACAGACCCGCAGAAGGCUGUGGACCAACCCAAACAACUGUUCUGGGAGAGGAAGCUCAGCGGGUUAAAUGCGUUUGAUAUCGCAGACGAGCUGGUGAAAACUAUGGACCUUCCCAAAGGCUUACAGGGUGUUGGUCCUGCGUGUUCAGAUAAAACGUUGCUUUCUGCCAUCGCCAGCGCUCUGCACACCAGCCCCGCGCCCGUCACUGGACAGCUCACUGCUGCAGUGGAGAAAAAUCCCGGAGUGUGGCUCAACACGACACAGCCUCUCUGCAAAGCCUUCGUAGUGACUGAUGAUGACAUCAGGAAGCAGGAAGACCUGGUGCAGAAUGUGAGGAGGCGGCUGGAGGAAGCCCUCACAGCUGAUAUGUUGGCUCAUAUAGAGGACACCGCUGCAGACGCAGCAGCAGCCAACAAAGUGGAGGAGAAGGUUGAGCAGGUGGAGAAGGAGGAAUUAUAGCCAAGGUUUGUUUGACAUGAAGUUUGCAGGUAAACUCCUCAGUUUCAAAUAAUUGGCUCCAUGAAGAUUUUUAUACACUUUCACCAGAGAUAGACCCUACAUGCAGAUACUCUGCAGCUUCUGUUUACCCACUCAAAGACUGUUUUCUUUUAUUUGUGUUUUUUUUUUUUACAUGUGACGGUGUAAUCCUGAAAGGGUGCUUUGGGUUCUCAGUUUGUUUUUACCUUUACUAUACUAAUGUAUGCCGACUUUCUUUAGACUCUAUGUUGUUUAGUGUUUUCAGGAAACAAUGACAUCACCAUUUCGCCAUUGACACAAUAGGGAGUCAAAGGAAAUUACUGUUCCUACAGCAGUUUAUGACAGUUCUGGAUGAUGCUCUAUACAAUGCAGUGUUACAUUUAACAGCUGUUCAAGCUCAAAGUUAAAACACAAACCUGUUGCGUGUGUGUGUGCGACUGAAGUGUGUGUGUGUGUGUGUGUGUGUGUGUGUGUGUUGAAUGUAUCAGUUCAUGUUGAUGUCUUAAAGUGUGUUUCUUUUUAACAUGUUGCUCUUUUAUAUUUUACUCUGGCACUGUAGGUAGUGUGUUCAUGUUCGGAAGCAUAGAAACGGUGCAGUAUGUUUACAUGCACGCAGCACGCUGAGGCUGUGAAUAUAAAAAUUUAGUUUGAUUACAGGUUUAACAGUUCAGCACAGUGUUACUUCUCACCAUAUCCUGAGUGUACAUGGUUUAGAAGUUUAACGCUCGGUAUUCAUUUGAAAGAAUGACCAGUACUGCUUCAACAGCUACAUUUGAGUUUAAACAUUAACAGAAAAGGUGCGUACCCUCAGAAGAUUCAGACACAACACUGAUGUACCUCAUAACAAGAUGUACUGUACCUCAUUACAAGAUUCAUUAUUUGUCUCUGUACCACUGUCAAAUAAAUGCAGCUCUUUCAUGAC